UUUGUUUAUUUCUAUUCUCGUCUUCCUCUGAAAACAUACAUACAAAAAGUCUUCGAUACUUUUCGCGACUCCGAGCAGCUCUGAUCGAAAGUCGUUCUCUUUCUUCUUCAAUCCUUGUUCGGAAACGAUUUGCUCUUGUGGGUUGAGAUCGAAAUCAGAUAUCUUUUCGACUUUAUUCGCUCUGUUUUUUCCUCUGUUUCGAGCUCUAAUCGAUGGCGGAGACGAUGAUGAACAGAAUCAAGUCGUCGGAGGUUGUCCGGUGGGAGAAGUACCUUCCCAAAACGGUGCUUAAGGUUUUACUCGUCGAGUCCGACGACUCAACUCGUCAAAUCAUCACCGCCCUUCUUCGGAACUGCUCUUACAAAGUUAUAGCUGUGUCCGAUGGUUUAGCUGCGUGGGAGACUCUAAAGGAGAAGUCACAUGAGAUUGACCUUAUACUGACGGAGCUUGAUUUGCCAGCUAUAUCUGGUUUUGCUCUCCUCGCUUUGGUUAUGGAGCAUGAAGCUUGCAAGAACAUUCCUGUCAUAAUGAUGUCGUCGCAAGAUUCGAUGACGAUGGUGUUGAAGUGUAUGCUUAAAGGCGCUGCUGAUUAUCUGAUUAAACCCAUGAGGAAAAACGAGUUGAAGAAUCUAUGGCAACAUGUCUGGAGAAGACUUACUCUGCGUGAUGGUCACAAUGGUCAUGGUCUUAGCUUACCAGCUUCUCAGCAGAACGUUGAAGAUAGUGAUGAAACUAGUGCAGAUCAUUCAGAUCAAGGAAGUGGUCCUCAGGCUGCAACAAGCUGCAACGGUAACAAUAAGCUAAUGGAGGAUGUGACAAUGGAUUUGAUCGGUGGAAUUGACAAACGGUCUGAGUGCUUCUACGGAGACAACGCUCGUGAUGAGUAUGUUGGUCCGGAGCUUGGUCUUUCUCUGAAAAGAUCUUGCUCUGGAAGUUUCGAGAAGCAAGAUCAAAGCAAGCAACAAAAGCUUAGCCUCUCCGAUGAAUCAGUAGGCAUUAUUACAUUAACUUGUAGAUAUGAGAACAGCCAGGCGGCAGAGAAAGCAGAGGUUGGUGUAGAGCCGAGUAGCUCAGCUGAGCCCAAGACACCAAGUGAAUCACAUGAGAAGCUGUUAAGAUGUGAUCACGGAAGCGCUACAACGAGCAGCAACCAUGAGUACAUGGGAUCAUCAAGUUUAAGCGGACAAAAUGAGUUAAGCUUCCGUAACCAAGUUGGUUCUGAAAGCACCAAUGAUGUGAAAGGAAAGGAACAAGAAGAAGAAGGUUGUGGUCUGAGUGUUCAGGAGCAACGUCGGAGUCAGAGAGAAGCUGCGUUGUUGAAGUUCCGGUUGAAGAGGAAAGAUCGAUGCUUUGACAAAAAGGUAAGGUAUCAGAGCAGGAAGAAGCUAGCAGAGCAGCGUCCACGAGUGAAAGGGCAGUUUGUGCGUGCAGUGAACUCAGAUGCGUCUAAAUAAAAUAAAAGCCUGAAGCUUUUUGUCAGUUUCUUUUGUUGGGUUUAUGUAAUAGAGAGACUUGUUGUUAUACCUAUAUCUAGUUUGGCUUUUUGUACUUACUUGAGUGUGUUUCUUCUUCUCACCUAAUCUUGGAGAAACUGGGGUAAAUGUUCACCCUUUGACCUUUGUAUACAUUAUGUAAUGAUCAAAAGUAGCUACCUUAAUCCUGUAA